AUGGUGGGAGCUGAAAUUGACUUUGUGGCCCACGAUGACAUUCCAUACUCUUCUGCUGGCUCUGAUGAUGUUUACAAGCAUAUAAAGGAAGCAGGGAUGUUUGUUCCAACACAGAGAACAGAAGGCAUCUCAACGUCAGACAUCAUCACCAGGAUUGUCCGUGACUAUGAUGUUUAUGCCCGACGCAACCUCCAGAGAGGGUACACAGCAAAGGAACUGAAUGUCAGCUUUAUCAAUGUAAGCGUGCCACCCCACACCCCUGAGGACCAGCGCGUCACGCUACUGCUGGCACUGUUUACAGAUCACUUACUUUACACCACUCGAUGUUCUUGA